UGUGUUAGUGGUCCAUGAUGCCUCUUUAUACGGUGAACAGGGAGUGACGACGGUGGAGAAGUUUCCGUGGGGGAUGGAUAUGCAAAACCUGUGGAACGAUGACCCGGAGGAGAUUCUCUUUGACCUGGGCUUCGGAUGUGAUGAACCCGACCUCUCUGGCCGUAUUCCCAGUCGGUUCAUUAACUACCAGUCUCAGGCGAGAGGAAUAAAUCUGCAGGUGUUUCUGGAGGCCCAGAAGAGCCGCCUGGACCUGGAGAACCCAGAUGUUAGCAAUCGGUUUAGACAGCUCGAGGUCCUCCAGCAGGUAACUAUAGCAUUCUCUUGCUUGGUGGGAUCUUCCUCCUCUCCUCUCAAAGCCCUACCAGAGAGAGACUCGAGUCCUGAGGCCCAGGAGAGAAGGAGGCGCAUGGGCAGUCUGUUCAGGCGAGCAUCCAAGAAGUCUCUGAGCCAAAUCUACAACCAGAAAAAUACGUCUGAGUCACUGCUACCCACACCUAGUCUGACAGACAAACAGGUCUCAUUUAAAGGAGCUAGACCUGGACCUCUGGAGACUACGUGUCUCAGUCCUGUGGCAGAGGAAGGAGGAGCUGAUCUAGACCCUCAGCCUCAUGUGGCUUCUUUUACAGUGCAGGACAGAGCACUCAGACCUGCACCUCUGAGGGAAGGUCCUCCCCCUGCAGCCAGCAGCUUUGGACCAAGAAAGAAGAGUCCUGGGCAGGCCAAGGAGUCAUUUGAAAUUGAAGAGAUCCACAGCUUUGAUGAAAACAGCGUAAAAUGGAGCAACACUGGAGGAGAACAUCUAGUGCACAGUGUGAUCCGGUCCAGCAGCCUCCAGUCAGACAGCAGUGGUUUUGUAGAGGAGCCCUUCGUCCCGUCCAUCCCUCAGCCGGCGGCACCAGGACCUGAUCCCAUCCAGGCUCCGUCGGCCUCGUCAGGAGGAAACGGCCAGAGGAGCGAGGCUCAAGGAUCCUCUCCUUCUUCUCCUUGUGCCUCCCCAGAUCCCCUCCUGUCCUCAUGUCAGACCUCCUCUGCUGGUGAUAAGGACCUCCCUUCCUCAGCCGGUCCUUCACCAGGUCCUUUACCAGUCUUUGGCUCUUCUCAUUCCCCUGCCUUGUUGGGUCUCCCAAAAUCUGAGCAGCAAACUGCGCACACAGAGACUCUACCGGAUCAGGAACAGCCUCCUUCUUCUUCCCUGUCUGCACGGCUGUGUGAAUACAUCCCUCCUUGCAGCUCCACAUCCAAACUACAGAACAUAACUCACUGCAGACCUCCAGGUUACCCCUCUCCUGCCUCAUUCACCCCCGUCGCCCCGACCUCCUCCCCUGUUAAAACUGUGGACACAACAUUUCCUUUCAGCUACCCCUCUAGUCCUUUCCAUGACUCUGAAGACAGAAGAGGUUUCUCUGAUGCACCAAAGGAAGAUGAUGAAGAACCCUCUACCCUCACCUCUCAGUCGGACAUGGACAGGCCCACCGCUCCAUCCCCUCUUGAUCUGGGUUCUUAUUCAGCUAUCGGAGGAUCUGUCGACCUGACAGAGCAGUCCAUCACCCAGCAGCUCAGGACACUCCAUGGUGACAACACACACCCUCUUCCAGUCCCUCUGAUCCAAGAUGGUGUUCACGUUCAGAUCGAUCAUAUCUCUUUGGACUCUGGACCUCGGACUCACUCACAUGACACUGUUUGGAGGGCUGGAAGGCAAGAAGGAGAGCAUGGAAGCAGCAGACCUGAUGUGAAACCAAAUGAUCUCAAUGGCAGCUUAGACGUGGUUUUUGAAACCUCAGUGGAUAGCUCAGACUGUGAAUAUGCAGACAUGGAGGCUUUCUUUCAGCAGCUGGAUAGUGAAGGGCAGGUGUUUUGGGCAGAGCCUGUCCAGGUGUUGAAUCCGUCCCCUGUGGAGGAAGAGUCCGGCAGCUUCGACGUCUCAGACAGACAUCACAGGACUUCCUCAUUGCCUAGAGGCCCUGCUGCUCUGGGCUCCUUCUCAUCCACAGACAAACCCAUGCCUUUAUCUUUGUCAGUCCCAUCUCUGUCCGUGACCCAAAGCGUCCAGCCGUCCAGCCGCUCUGCUUCUGCUCAGAUGUCUUUAUUUCUGCCUUCUCAUAUUGCACACAGGAAGGAUGUUCCCUUCGUCACUGAGUCUAAACACUCCAUUUCCUGUGCUGCGCUCCCAUUGGACACCUCCACACCCUUCCGUGCCGUCCAGUCAUGGACAGACCUGCAUAUCCACCAGAAUGCUCUCACCAAGAACUUAUCACAUGCAGCUAAUCAUACUGGACCAAACAGUGUGAACACCUCCACGAGUCUCCCAGAAACACCUCAGAGACCUGCAGUAACCCUCUCUGUGCCUCCAUCUUCUCCUGACCACUGGCAGUCCCAGGACUCCAUCAACAAGACGGCUGGAAACUGUGAAAGUGUUUCAGCCUCUGUGGAUGCAGGACUGUGGCCUGGUGAACGACACCGAGUGGACCAGAGCAGGAAAGAAGACGAGGAGAAGCUGUGGGAGGGCGACCAUACAGCCGCCGUGGCAUGCUGCUGUGAUCAUGGCUCUGCUCAGAAGAGUCCCAACCAGCAGCUCAGUCCUUCCCGUCUGGACGAGUCGGACCAGAUGGUGUUGGGCCUGCAACACUUUGGCUGUGUGCUCAGGACCAUGGAGCUGCAGCUGUCUGAAGACCAGGCUGCAGUGUACAGCGCCCUCUCUGACAAGGACAGGGCGGAGCUUCAGGACAUUCAGGAGCUGAGAUGUGCAGUGAGGCAGCAGGCUGGAGAGCUGGAGCUGCGGUUAAACGAACUGGACCAUCAGUAUGAUGACAGUCUGAAUACGAUCAUGCACAGACUCUUGGACGAGCAGUCUGUGCUCUGCUCUGAGCUCAGAGUGUGUCUACCUGGACCAGCGCCUCUACCUGGACCAGCGCCUCCACCUGGACCAGCGUCCCCGUCCCUGAGUCCAGCCCCCAGCAGGACGGUGGCCACUCAGUGCCGCCUCCUUCCCUGGAUCCCGACCCAAAGCGGUCACGUCUCUGCCAGGAACAUGGACUCCAGCACACUGGCACCUCCUGGAUCAGAACACAUGUGUGAGGGCCACGGUGGUUCUGCCACUAAGACAGACAAGCUCAACAUCGUGGGCUUCCUCCAGAGAGUCAGAAAAGCUUGUAUUCAUUAG